UGGCCACUAGUAUAACAUAAUUCAACAAGCUAGAAAUUUAAAUAAUAUGCAUGGGCUGACUUGACUGACUAAGUCAUAGUUCUUCCCUCUCACAAUUUCCAUCCUCUUUCUAUUUUCUUGUCAUUUUAUAUUUCUUCUUCAACAACGACAACAUAGCCAUCAAUUUAUCUCUACCUUUCUUAACUUUUGAACGCUGCAAAUUAAUCAAGAAUAUCUACCUCCUUGGAAACAAACAAACUGUCCUACCAUUCAUUCUUUCUGCAUGUUUAACAAGGCAUUAGUCUUGUGUUGAGUUAAGUAUUAUAGUGUUUGUUUGCUGCAAAAAAAAAAGCAUAAUCAUGAAUGGAAAAGGACAUAAAUUUGUGAGGUUUGAGGAUUGGAGAUCAGAGUCGUCGUUUAGCAUAGAGCUGAAAGAUUCUGUAAACAAAAGAAACGAGAGACCAAGUGUAAGUUCUAUUUUGAAGAACAUUGGAAGAGGACUUGAGAGUGGAUUAGAGAAGAUGAAGAAAUUCAGAAGACCGUCUUCAGCAGUUCAUCCAGUAAAUGAAAGACAAACAAAAAAAUCGGCUUCUUCUAAGCGCAUAAUUCUUGAUCCACAGGGGCCAAUGCUUCAGAAAUGGAACAAAAUCUUUGUAAUCACAUGUGUUAUGGCAAUUUCUGUGGACCCUCUUUUCUUUUACAUUCCGGUGAUUGUCGGAAACGACAAAUGUCUUGAUUUGGAUGAACCGUUGCAGACUACUGCCAGUGUUCUUCGCACAUUCUUUGAUCUUUUCUACAUUCUUCGCAUCAUCUUUCAGUUUAGAACUGGGUUUAUUGCACCUUCUUCUCGUGUUUUUGGAAGAGGUGAACUCGUUGACGAUCCUAUUGCCAUAAUGAAACGAUAUCUGAGUUCUCAUUUCAUCAUUGACAUUCUUUCAAUUAUUCCCCUUCCACAGGUUAUUGUUUUGGCUGUUAUUCCAAAAUUGAAAAGCACGGGUCCAUUUUUGGCAAAGGAUUUGUUGAAGGUUACAGUAUUAAUUCAGUAUGUGCCGAGACUAUUGCGGAUUCGUCCACUAUUUCAAGAAGUAACUAGAACUUCAGGCAUAUUGGCGGAGACAGCGUGGGCUGGAGCUGUCUUCAAUCUUUUACUCUACAUGCUAGCCAGUCAUGUGGUUGGAGCUAACUGGUAUCUGCUUUCAAUAGAAUCACAAGUGCGGUGUUGGCGCAGACAGAUGAACAAUGCUUCCCUCUUUCAUGCAUCAUAUUUGGGCUGUGGAAAUCGAAAUGAAAGUGUCUUCCUACUACUCAAUAAUACAUGUAAUUUUGUUGACCCUGAUGAUAUCAAGGACACAAAAAUCUUCAAUUUUGGAAUAUUUUCCGAUGCUCUACAAUCACAAGUGAUAGAUUCUACCACAGAAUUUCCUCAGAAGUUCUUCUACUGCUUUUGGUGGGGUUUGCGCAAUUUAAGUUCUCUUGGACAAAACCUCAAGACAAGUACUUACGUCCCGGAGAUAGCUUUUGCAAUUUUCAUUGCCAUCUUUGGAUUGGUUUUAUUCUCAUUACUUAUUGGAAACAUGCAGAAAUAUUUGCAAUCUACAACUGUUAGGGUAGAAGAGAUGAGAGUGAAGAGGAGGGAUGCAGAACGAUGGAUGUCUCACCGUAUGUUACCUGAUAACUUGAAGCAAAGAAUUAGAAGUUAUGAACAAUACAAAUGGCAAGAAAAUAGAGGUGUUGAAGAAGAGACUUUAAUUCGCAACCUCCCUAAAGAUCUUAGAAGAGACAUAAAGCGUCAUCUUUGCUUAGCUUUAGUUAAAAAAGUGCCAAUGUUUGAGAAAAUGGACGAGCAAUUGUUGGAUGCAAUGUGUGAUAGAUUGAAACCAGUUCUGUAUACAGAGAAGAGUUGCAUUGUCCGUGAAGAAGAUCCGGUUGAUGAAAUGAUUUUCAUUAUGCGUGGAAAAGUCGCUACCAUGACAACAAAUGGUGGAAGAACUGGUUUCUUCAACUCAUUAUUUCUAAUGCCUGGUGAUUUUUGUGGAGAAGAACUUUUAACAUGGGCUUUGGAUCCAAACUCUUCCUCAAAUCUACCAACUUCAACUAGAACAGUAGAAACUAUAUCAGAAGUUGAAGCAUUUGCACUCAUGGCUGAUGAUUUGAAGUUUGUUGCUUCCCAAUUUCGACGUCUUAUCAAUAGCAAACAACUUCAACACACUUUCAGGUUAUAUUCGCCGCAAUGGAAGACAUGGGCUGUAUGUUUCAUACAAGCAGCUUGGCGUCGAUACUGGAAAAAGAAGAUUGAGAGGACAUUACGUGAAGCCGAAGACAAGCUACAAGAUGUUCUAGCCAACGAGGAAGGGUCAACUAUAAGCCUUGGUGCAACCAUAUAUGCAUCAAGGUUUGCUGCAAAUGCAUUACGAAACUUGAGAGAAAAUAACAGACACAACCGAAUGCCGCAGAGAUUGUUACCUCUUUUGCCACCAAAACCAGCUGAGCCUGAUUUCACUACUAAGAAACACUAGGCCUAGCUCGGUGAAUUUUGUACAUGUAACUCUGUAGAUUUUGUUUGUGAUGUAGUUGGUCAAAUAUAGUCAUUUUGUUUGAAGAAUAAAACAUACCUAGCUAGCUCGGUGCAUUAAUUUCCAACAUGACCAACGUUGUACAACCUAGUGGUUGGAAUUCAUGUACAGUAAUUUUUAUGGAAAUUGUGGAAUGAACCAAAGCAUAGUCUCUCCAUGACCUUC